AGUGCUAACAGGCGGGACGAUUUGUGUGAGUGUGUGUGAGAGAGAGAGGCGGUGUCCCUGCCUGUGUGGCCUAAAGAAGGAUGCAGACGAUAAAGUGCGUCGUGGUCGGGGAUGGAGCGGUGGGCAAAACGUGCCUUCUCAUCUCCUACACCACCAAUGCCUUCCCCGAGGAGUACAUCCCCACCGUGUUCGACAACUACAGCGCCCAGAUGAGCGUGGACGGGCGCACGGUCAGCCUGAACCUAUGGGAUACAGCAGGUCAAGAGGAAUACGACCGCCUGCGCACGCUGUCCUACCCACAGACCAACGUCUUCAUCAUCUGCUUCUCUAUCGGCAGCCCGUCCUCGUAUGCCAACGUGCGGCACAAAUGGCACCCUGAGGUGUCUCACCACUGCCCCAGCGUGCCCGUGCUGCUCGUGGGAACGAAGCGUGAUUUGCGCAACGACGCAGAAACGGUGAAGAAGCUGAAGGAGCAGAACCUGGCUCCCACUACGCAGCAGCAGGGCAACGCCUUGGCCAAGCAGAUCAACGCUGUUAAAUACCUGGAGUGCUCAGCUCUCCUUCAGGAGGGAGUCAGGGAUGUUUUUGCAGAGGCCGUGCGUGCCGUCCUUUAUCCGGUGACCAAAAAGAAUUCCAAAAAAUGCGUGCUCUUGUAGUCUGGAACGGACUCUGUGGAAGCGGACUCAGUGGACAGCCGGAUUAUCCUGGUGUUGAUGGCCAUCUCUCUUUUUCAUUUGUGUUUUUAACCACUCUAGGCUUUUUUUCCUGCAGCCACCAAAGUAUGUGCGCUUUGCUAAAACUGAAGCAAGUCCUUUAAAUUUCAGACCACUUUCUUAUUUUCUUUCCCCGGAAUGAUGUAUCUCGCACUUACCUCAGUAUAGAAAUGCAGGAAGCAUGGAAAUAUUCUAAUAAUGAAGCAAAACAAUACAGAGCAAUAAGAGCUGUACAGCUCUGAUCCAUUUCUACA